UGCUCUAGCUUUUUCUAUUGGGAUAUUAUAUAUAUGAGAUGUCUAAAAACUCAACUAGAGAUAUCUAAGAAGAAGAGAGAGAGAGAGAGGGAGCGCUCCAAGCUCAUGGCAACGACGGCUCUACUUUUAAUUAUUCUCUUCAAUCUUCUCUUCAAAGGUUUCUGUCAAUGUGAAUUGAAAGAUAUAACAGUGGGGACAGAAAGAACUUCUGCACUGAUAGAAGGUAAACAAGAAUGGAAAGUCAGUUUUAUAAACACAUGCAAAUGCCCACAGCAAGCCCUUACAGUCUCUUGUGAUGGUUUCAAGACGGUCGAGAAAGUUGAUCCGGAUGUGUUUGCGCCGGUCGGGAAUAAUUGCACUGUCAACGGAGGCCGCCCAAUCGCUCCUUUUGCGACUGUCCAGUUUCUUUAUGCUUGGGACCCUCCUUUCAUUUUCGUGCCAGUUUCCUCUCAAGUUAACUGUGAAGGGGCGUUUAAGUAAUUUGCCACUCUAUUUGAUCGAUCGUUCGUAAUCAAAGAAGUAGUUUCUGGUUGUAUUUAUCUUUUUGUUUAUUGUUUUUUUUGUAGAACUAAAAAGACGUGUACAUCUUUUUUGUCAUGUAAAGUAAUGCUUUCUGUUAAUAGAAUGUGACAUACAUUUGUUUU